AUGAGCUCCCAGUCAACGCGAACAUAUAAUUUACCGACGUCAGGAGUCUGGUUUAUUACUGGCUGCUCCUCAGGCCUUGGAAAACAGCUCGCGCAGACCGCCCGAGCAAAGGGUCACCGUGUCGCGGUUACAGCACGCAAACCCGAAGAUCUUGACUACUUCUCAGACGAUGACUCGAACGUACUGAAGCUUUUGGUUGAUGUUACGUCGAAAAGUUCCAUCGAUGACGCCGUUGAGCUUUCACUUUCCCGAUUUGGCCGACUGGACGUCGUGGUGAACAACGCCGGGUAUUCUUUGCGCGGAGAUACGGAGAAUGCGAGUGAACAGGCCGCUCGCCAUCUGGUCGACACCAUGUUUUGGGGCACCGCUCACUUGACGCGGCAUGCAAUGCGCAUCAUGCGUGAGGAAAAUCCAAAGAAUGGGCCUCAAGGUGGCGUUGUGCUCAAUGUUUCCUCCAUGGGGGGUCGUGUUGCGUUUGCUGGGAACGCUUUCUAUCACGCCGCAAAGUUCGCCAUUGAAGGAUUUACGGAGUCCGUCUCCAAGGAGGUCCGGCCAGACUGGAACAUCCACUUUUCUUUGAUCGAGCCGGGCGGCGUCAAAACGGAUUAUGCAACGCGCAGCAUGAUCAACAUCUCACCCCAUCCAGCGUACGCAGCCCCUGACACGCCAGCGAGGAUUCUGGAGCAGUAUAUGAAUGAUCCAAACGCGUUGAAGAACUGGGCGGAUGCAGAUGCCGUGGCCAAUGCGAUGUACUCAAUUGUGGCAUCGGGAAAUGAAAUUCCGUUGCGCAUUCCGCUUGGACCGGACGCAUGGGGCAUGUUAAAGGUUGAGAAUGAGAGGAAUGGGCAGCAGUUGGAACAGUAUAAGGAGCUAUCGAUGGGAGUUGGAAACGCUGGGCAAUUCCAGGCCAUCGGAUUUCUCCACAAUCAGAAGUAG